AUGAAGUUUGGAAAACAACUUUUGAAUCAACAAAUUACAGAAUGGGCCUCUCACUACAUUAAUUACAAGGCUAUGAAAAAGAUCAUAAACAGCUUAAAAACCACAGCAGCAAUAACUACUUGCAAUAUCAGCAUCCGUAACAAUCGUAAUAUCAAUGGGAACGGCGGUAGAAAUGGAAGAUCAAUGCCGUCCUCAACAAUAAACGCAUUUGAUGCUCGAUAUCUUUCUACGAAAAGUGUUGAUGUUCGAAAUGACGGUGACAAUCAUCCAUCAAUCACAACCGAUGAUAAUCAAACGUUCCUGCAACAACAAAAAACCGCAUUUUUCUUCAAGCUUGAACGCGAGUUAGAAAAAGUCAACUCUUUCUACCUACAAAAAGAGGCAGAAUCCAGAGUUAGAUUACGAACCUUGAUUGACAAAAAGAAGAUUUUACUUGCACGCAAACGAAGAUUGUCUGCUGGAUCGGCGUCUCUGGUGGCUUUGAAAGAAGGAUUUCAGCAAUUUCAGCAGGAUUUAAAUAAGCUGCACCAAUUCAUUGAAAUCAACGCGACUGGAUUUCGCAAAAUUCUGAAAAAAUGGGAUAAACGAUCGAAAUCAAGCACCAAAGAACUCUAUCUUUCACGCCAAGUUGAAAUUCAGCCAUGCUUCAAUAGAGACAUUAUCGCCGAGCUAGCUGACAAUGCUCUCAGUAAUUUAUUAGAGCUAGAAGAUAUUGCGAGCGGUUUGUCGAAUAGUUCACCAUCAUCACCACAUUCACCGGAGCGAAAAUUAUCGAUUGGCGGAGAAUCCCAAACCACCGAUGUGAUUGAUGAUCUCGAGACGGAAUUAUUCAACGCUAUAAUGACGGGUCCGAUUUCAUCAGUUCAAGAAAUUCUCGAAAGGAUUCGAGAUCACCCAACCGGGGAGAAUUGCGAUCAGAUCUCACGUGUCUUUUGGCGAGCUUGCUCUGAAGGAUCCACAGAGUCAAUACAGUUAUUGGUUGAAACAGACCUUAUUAAUUACAAAUAUAUGGAUGAUAUUAGCGAUAGAACAUGUUUACACGAAGCAGCCAUCGUUGGUCGAUCUGCACUUACCAAACUAUGUGUUGAUCAUGGGGUGAAGGUCGAUUGUACUGACGUCUACGGUAGACAACCAUUACAUUAUGUCUGCAUGUAUGGUCAUAAUGAAGCGGCCACGUAUCUUUUAUCUGUGGGUGCUAAAAUCGAAAGUGUCGAUCACGACAGAUUUAGCCCAUUAAUUUACGCAGUCACUAACGGUCACACUAAAUGUGUGGAACUUUUACUUGAUAAUGGUGCACAUAUUGAACCACAGAAAGAAGGUGAUCAUAUUCCUUUAUCGCUGGCAUGUCAAUAUGGGCAUAAGGACAUUGCCCUGUUAUUACUUAAAAAAGGAGCUAAAAUUUCCGCUGAUAUAGAAGGUCUUUAUCCUUUACAUUUGACUUCACGCGAAGGACACCAUGAGCUAUCGAAAAUCCUGACAGAGCACGGCGCUCUAUUAGACACAGUUGACAAAUAUAAUGGAUGGUCACCCAUUUUCUAUGCCGCUAGCGAAGGUCAUAUCAAAUGCGUCAAAGUUCUAUUGGAUGCAAGAUGUGAGGUGAAUAUUAAAGAUGAAUCGGGACGCACGGCAAUUUACUAUGCUGCCUGGGAGGGUCAUAUCGAAUGCAUCAAUUUAUUAAAUUCCGCUGGUGGGCGUGUCAAUGUUACCGAAAAUCAAGUUCAACAUGUUCAAUCAAAUGGCCAUCAAUCAAAUGGUCAUCAAUCAAAUGGUCAUCAACCAAAUGGUCAUCAACCAAAUGGUCAUCAACCAAAUGGUCAUCAAUCAAAUGGUCAUCAAUCAAAUGGUCACACGCAUAUGAUUGACGAUCGAGAAAGGCUUGAUGUGAAUACAAUACCAUCACUUUUACUUCCACCACCUAUCAUACCUGUACGAAUUUAUGGGCAUAAUUAUUUGGAUAAAAAAUAUCAUGUUCAAGUCACACUUGGACAUAAUUCCGCUAACUUAUCGAGACCUCCCGUUCACCUUUAUGGAAAUAGUCAAAUAUCUUCAUGGAAACUUAUAAUCUCUUCAAAACCAGACAUGGGAAUGAUUCCGCACAGUGUUAUUCUACCUUUGGGAGAUGACAGAGAAGUGUUCUCUUUCCAACUCGACACUCUCGAGAAUUUCACAUUGGAAUUCGAUAUCUUUCCCACCUUUGGAUCACGUGUGAUUGGCAAAGGAGUAGUUUUACCAUACGUGUUUGAUGAACAAGAACGUAUAAAUAAUCUAAUGACCGGAGAAACAGGAGGAAGAUGUAUUUGUCCAUUAUUUGAUACGCAUUUGAAAGUAGUCGGUGAGGUUUCUUUUGAGUUUGCGAUCGUAAAACCAUUCCGAGGCGUACAACUUGAAAUUGGAGGACGAGUUGAAACUUAUUGGAAGUCUACGAAUCCAAUCACCCGUUCCAAUUCUUCUCUUGUACAACCACAGGCUCCAAGCGGAAUCACAGCAUCAUUCAUCACUGCCUCGUCCCUUUCCGAUGAAUAUAUUCGAAUUGUGGUUCAAGUCACGAGAGAUAUGAUCGCAGUAGUAUAUUCAGAUUGGAUGCUUCCCGUGGAUGAAUUUGACCUGAGUGUUUCCGAUGUAACGUAUAAACAAUUUAAAACAAUGAGUGAAAAAAUUUUGAAUGGAAAUAAAGAAUCAGUCGACUUUAAAAAGGAAAAAAACAAAGCUGAAUUGCAGAAAAUGGUUCAUAAAGCUUACUUAUCUUUGGAAGAAGUUUUAGAGCGUUUGCCCCUUGAUAUUGGCGUGAAUAUCGAAAUUAAAUACCCUACUGUUUAUGAAAUGUCAAAUUACUUGUUUUCCGACAUACCAGAUAUUAACGCAUACGUCGAUACGAUAUUGCAAUCGGUAUAUGACCAAGCUCAAGCAACUAGUGGAAAUGGCAUCGGCACCUUUAUUCGUACACCACCGGUGAAACGUUCCGUAAUAUUUUCGUCAUUUAAUCCCGCGAUAUGUUCCGCAGUAAAUUGGAAACAACCAAAUUAUGCGGUCUUUUUCAAUUCUAAUUGCGGAUUCGAAAAUGAUACGAUUAAUCGAGGAAAAAAACGAAAGGCACGUAGCGAGCGCAAUGUAGAUGAAGAUGCCAUAUAUGAAGAAGUUAUAGUUCGAGACAAACGAUGUACUUCAAUCAAGGAAGCAGUCAAAUUUGCAAAAAGUAAUAAUCUUUUGGGUAUAAUCUGCGAAGCAACAUUACUGAUACAAGUACCCACUCUAAUAACAAACGUCAAGAAGGCUGGAUUAAUGCUAAUUACCUUUGGUAGCGCAAAUAAUGAUUACCGCAACACGCGAAUACAAGAACGAUAUGGUGUAGACGCGAUCAUGAUUGAUGGCGUGAUAAAAUACGAUAAUCGACAGAACGUGUUUUAA